CCACUUGAGUCCCGCCCCACUAGUCUGUUCCAUCUUGUAUUUAGCAAAGAACAAAAAAAGCCCGACCUCGGUAUGGGGCGCAUAUAUUAAGUCAGAUUUUAAGAGCAUAUCUCUAAAAAACGUGAGGUGUAACGGGACAGCAUGCUUGGAAGUGGGGCACCGCAGAGAAACCACAGCCACACCCCGGAGAACAGCUAAUGUUAACGUUAGCUUCCAAGCUAUCGAAGCUAAGCUAGCUAAUUAGCUACGGCUAGUAUCAUAGGAGAGGACAAGGCAAGCUCCUAUUUGAACCAGCUAAACUAGCGGUGUUAUUUAGAGACCGUUAAUGAAAUUUACCGUCGGGACUUCUGUGAAAAUGGAACAACAUUUGUGUUGAUUGUCUGCAGAGAGGAAAAGACCCGGGCUAUGAGGAUAGAGGCUCGCUAGCCCGCUCCUACCAGUUAUUUUUCGUUCCGGAGAGGAACCACAAUAAGCCGCGGCCCUGGCCAUGCCCUCAGGUGCACGGGCGGGCAAUAUAAAAGACCCCGAAGUGGCAGACCUCUUCUGCAAAGAUGAUCCGGAGAAGCUGUUCGCUGACCUCCGUGAGAUCGGCCAUGGCAGCUUCGGAGCCGUUUACUUUGCCCGAGAUGUACGCAACAGUGAGGUGGUGGCCAUUAAGAAAAUGUCGUACAGCGGCAAGCAGACAAACGAGAAAUGGCAGGACAUCAUUAAAGAGGUGAAGUUCCUGCAGAAACUUCGCCACCCGAACACCAUCGAGUACCGGGGCUGUUACCUGAAGGAGCACACAGCAUGGCUGGUGAUGGAGUACUGCCUCGGCUCGGCCUCAGACCUCCUCGAAGUUCACAAAAAGCCGCUCCAGGAAAUGGAAAUAGCUGCUAUUACCCAUGGUGCACUGCAGGGAUUAGCAUAUCUUCACUCGCACAACAUGAUUCACAGGGAUGUGAAAGCAGGGAACAUCCUGCUGACGGAGCCCGGACAGGUCAAACUGGGGGACUUUGGUUCUGCUUCCAUCGUGGCGCCUGCCAACUCCUUCGUAGGGACUCCCUACUGGAUGGCUCCAGAGGUGAUCUUGGCCAUGGACGAGGGGCAAUAUGAUGGCAAAGUGGACGUGUGGUCGCUGGGCAUCACCUCCAUUGAACUGGCGGAGAGGAAGCCCCCGCUGUUCAACAUGAAUGCUAUGAGUGCCUUAUAUCACAUCGCUCAGAAUGAAAGUCCCAUCCUGCAGUCCAAUCACUGGUCUGAUUCCUUCCGCAACUUUGUUGACUCUUGCCUACAGAAGAUUCCCCAGGACCGGCCUACCUCCGACGUGCUGCUGAAUCAUCGCUUCUUGUGUCGUGAGCGUCCGAUGACUGUGGUCAUGGACCUGAUCGCACGCACCAAGGAUGCAGUGAGAGAGCUGGACAACCUGCAGUACCGCAAGAUGAAGAAGAUCCUCUUCCAUGAGACCCAACAGAACGGUCCCGUUUCUGAGGGAGGGGACGACGAGGAGGAGGUGGAGCAGUACCUGCUGCGGACAGGCACAGUGAACAGCAUGGAGAGCUCCCAGUCGGUGCCCAGCAUGUCCAUCUCAGCCAGCUCUCAGAGCAGCUCCGUCAACAGUCUGGCCGACGCCUCGGACGACAGCAACAACGAGAUGGCCAUGAUGCAGGAGGGCGAGCACACCGUCACCUCCAACAGCUCCAUCAUCCACAGACCCACGGGUCAGGAUAACAUCUACGAUGACCCCUACCAGCCGGAGAUGGACCAGCCCCAGGUUCCCUCAGCCGGACGCCGCCGAGCCUACUACCGCAACCGGGACCACUUCGCCACCAUCAGGACUGCCUCCUUGGUGACCCGUCAGAUCCAGGAACACGAGCAGGGCUCUGCGCUCAGAGAGCAGAUGUCCGGCUACAAGCGCAUGAGGCGGCAGCACCAGAAGCAGCUGAUGGGGCUGGAGAACAAGCUGAAGGCGGAGAUGGACGAGCACCAGCUGAAGCUGGACAAAGAGCUGGAGAACCAGAGGAACAGCUUCUCCACCGAGGCCGACAAGCUGUCCAAGAAGCACCAGGCCAUCCUGGAGAAAGAGACUAAAGCAGCUCUGGCUGAAGAGAAGAAGUUCCAGCAGCACAUCCUGGGCCAGCAGAAGAAAGAGCUGACCAGUUUACUGGAGUCACAGAAACGGCAGUACCGCCAGCGCAAGGACCAGCUGAAAGAGGAGCUGAAUGAGAACCAGUCGACUCCGAAGCGGGAGAAGCAGGAGUGGUUGAUCCGUCAGAAGGAGUGUCUGCAGCAGAUGCAGGCGGAGGAGGAGGCCAGCCUGCUGCGGAGGCAGCGGCAGUACUACGAGCUGCAGUGCCGCCAGUACAAGAGGAAGAUGCUGCUCGCUCGCCACAACCUGGAGCAGGACCUGCUGAGAGAGGACCUGAACAAGAAGCAGACCCAGAAGGAUCUGGAGUGUGCCAUGCUGCUGCGGCACCACGAGUCCACUCAGGAGCUGGAGUUCAGGCAGCUGGGCUCGGUGCAGCGGACCCGGGCCGACCUGAUCCGCACGCAGCACCAGACGGAGCUCACCAACCAGAUGGAGUACAACAAACGGCGCGAGCAGGAGCUGCGGCAGAAACACACCGUGGAGGUCCGGCAGCAGCCCAAGAGCCUCAAGACCAAAGAGCUCCAGAUCAAGCGUCAGUUCCAGGAAACCUGUAAGAUCCAGACCCGGCAGUACAAGGCGCUGAGGAACCACCUGCUGGAGAGCACUCCCAAAUCCGACCACAAGGCCGUCCUCAAACGCCUCAAAGAGGAACAAACACGUAAGCUGGCCAUCCUGGCCGAGCAGUACGACCACUCCAUCAACGACAUGCUGUCCACACAGGCUGUGAGUAAGCUGCGCCUGGAUGAGACGCAGGAGGCGGAGUACCAGGUGCUGAGGAUGCAGCUGCAGCAGGAGCUGGAGCUGCUGAACGCCUACCAGAGCAAGAUCAAGAUCCACACGGACACGCAGCACGAGAGGGAGGUCAAGGACCUGGAGCAGAGGGUGUCCAUCCGCAGAGCGCUGCUCGAGCAACGGAUCGAGGAGGAGAUGCUGUCCCUGCAGAACGAGCGCUCGGAGCGGAUCCGGACUCUGCUGGAGCGGCAGGCGCACGAGAUCGAGGCGUUCGACUCGGAGAGCAUGCGGCUGGGCUUCAGCAACAUGGCGCUCAGCGGGAUCCCUGCUGAGGCCUACAACCAGGGCUACCCCACCCCCAGCCCCUCCUCGGGCUCCAGCGGCUGGCCCUCGCGGCCCGUCCCUCGCUCCGGCAGCCACUGGAGCCACAGCGUGCAGAACUCGGUGUCCACGCCCUCCUGGCGCAGUCAGAACCACGGCGGGGGGGCCUUCAGCCGCGCAGAGUCCGUCGCCUCGUCACACGGCCUCGGCAGGGACAGCGAGAUGUACAAGAGCGGCAGCCGGGGUCACUCCUCCUCCUCCUCCUCCUCGUCCUCCUCUUCCUCCCACCCCUCCCAUCACCCCUCCCAUCACCCCUCCCACCACCACCACCACCACCACCACCAGCAGCAGCAGCAGCUGCUGCUGCAGCAGCAGCAACUGCAACAACAACAACAACAACAACAACAACAACAACAACAACAGCAGCAGCAGCAGCACUACCUCCCCCAGCACUACCAGCACCACCAGAGCACGCCGCAGCUGUACCGCGACCCCCAUGAGAGCAGGGAACGCGAGCGGCCCCGGGAGUGGGGGGGAGGAGCCAGCAGCCACUACCCGCACCACUCCCAGGGACACCACCACCACCACCACCUCGCCUCCCACGCCUCCUCCCAGUCUCUGGCUCUGCUGCCUCCCCCGCCACCGCCUCCUCCAAUUUCCCUGUCUUCCUCCUCUCCUCCGUCCUCCGCCUCGUCCUCUUCGUCGUCACAGGGAGGAUACGGUGGCGGUGGCGGCCUGAGCAUCAGGGGCCCGGGCCUCAUGGCGCUCAGGAACAGCCCCCAGCCCCUGAGGAGGACGGCGUCCGGAGGGCCGGGGGGAGGCGGGGGGAGUGACGGAGGGCUCAGCCGGAGCACGUCAGUCACUUCUCACAUUUCUAACGGCUCCCACCUCUCUUACUCCUGAUUCUCCUCUCUGAUCUGAGCUCUGCUUCUUUUUAAAAGAGAGCUUUAGGUUUUUGACAUAUUUUAAGAUGCUUCUUAGAGCCGGAGCAAAGUUAAUACUUAAAAAACAACAAAUACCCCGAUUUUAAAUGUAAAUUAUUUCCUUUCCUGAUGUGUGCAGGGACUUAAAAGUGUUCCUGAUGCACAAAGAGAGGACGCCUUUUUUUAUUUAGUCACUACACAAGUAUUAAAAUCACUGCUAACCUCUUCCAAACAUUAUUAAAGAGUUGCACAGGAGGUGUCGGAACUAAACAAUCCCAACAAAUGAAACACAACGUCCACAUGUGAAAAUUGAGCCAUGUGCCGCAAAAUGAACAAGACAAAGUUUAUCUAAAAAAAAAAAAAACAGACCAGAAUUUGUGCAUUUGUUCAUCGUGCGCCACAUUGAAUCUGUUGCACAGUAACGGUUGAGCUGCAGAGAGCGGGUUUAAAGUCUAGCAGGUCUAAAUUCUGGUUUUCAGGCGACUGUUGUGGAGCUUCCACUUGGCUAGCGGUGCUUUAAAAACCACUGUAACUAUGUAAAUAACGGUAAAUUGUAAACCAAGUUUUUUUUCUUUUCUUUUCUUUUUUUUUUUUUAAAAAGUGACAUAUGUUCAGCGAGGCGGGCGGAGGGGCGGGGUCGACCAAGGGAAGAUUUCUAGAAAACACAUUUCUUUUUAUUUGUAGUGAUAAAUAAGGUUCUGUAAAUGACAAUUUAAAGAAACACUGCCACCUGUUUGUUGGGCUGACCCAGGACAACUCUACCACUGCCCUUAAGUCCCCUUAAAGGGGCGGUCUGCCUGUUUGGGAACUUUGGUGGUUUUUUUAUCGCGCAUAAGGGACAUUGUAGGUAUAUAGAAAUAACAGAAAUGACCCUUACCCGGGAGGGGAGGGGAAUAAUAUUCUGAAAUAAUUUAGAAUUUACAAGAUUUAAGUGUUACUUUUAAGAGAGAAAAAAAACUCAUCAAUGUACAAGAAAAAAAGUCAUUUUACUGGAUAAAACUCAAAUUUAUGAGAAAAACUACUAUCUUUUAAGUUAAUUUACAGAAUAAAUUAUCUGUCUUACAUUUACUAUAUAAAUAGUUCAAGGGGAAAAAAACUGAUUCAUAUCAAAUUGAUAAUAAACAUUUGGAUACUCAGAUUUAUUUUUACUUCAAUUAGGCUUUUCCAGUGCAAAUUAAUGUCUAAACCAAGACAAUUACUUGAUUUUUAAACCAUUUUUUAAAAUUAUAAUUAUACCACUUACACAAUCAUUUACAUUUUAAAAAGCAAAUCAUAAAAUGUCCCGAAAUGUCUGACUGCUCCUUUAAAGGGACGUUGCCAGAGAGUAUUUUUUGUGUGUGUGUGUGUGUGUGUGUGUGUGUGUGUGUGUGUGUGUG